AUGCCGCCUCGCUACGACCAGCAUACCAAAGGCAGCGCCCUGAUCCGCGAGUUCGCGCCGAGCAUUGCCGGCAAGAUCAUCCUCGUGACCGGUACCGCGCCGAAAGGAAUCGGGGCGCUCUUCUGCACCGCCAUCGCCCAGCAGACGAAUCCCGAUAAGGCCCCACGGCUCAUCAUCCUCACAGGCCGGACCACAGCGUCUAUCGCCCCGACACGGGAUGCCAUCAAGGAGUCAAACCCGGCCAUCGAGACCAUGGUGCUCGCCAUGGAUCUUGGCUCGCUCAAGUCUGUGCGCGAGGCCGCCGCCUUGGUGAACAGCGACGAGUGGGCCCGGGAGGUGCCACAUAUUGACUUGCUCGUCAACAAUGCGGGGAUCAUGGCGUGCCCGUACGCUACUACGGCAGAAGGCUUCGAGUCCCAGUUUGGCGUGAACCACCUGGGGCAUUUCCUGUUUACGAACAUGAUCAUGGGGAAACUGCUCAAGGCUGCCGCGCCAAGAGUGGUGGCUGUGAGCAGCACGGGACAUCGGGUCGGGCCGAUCCGGUGGGGCGACGUUGGGUUCAAGGACGGACAGUGCUACAACAAGUGGACCGCGUAUGGCCAGUCCAAGACGGCCAACUGCUUGUUUGCCCUCGCCCUCGCGAGGAAGCUGGGUUCGAAAGGCCUGCAGGCGUAUUCGCUAUGCCCCGGCGCAUACAUGACUAAUCUCGGCAGGCAUCUUGACUGGAGCGAGACUGGCGACGCGUUGGAGUCUCUGCGUACUGUCGAUGAGAUCUUUGGUAACCCAAUGUGCCACGAAGGCUUUGACCAUGGCUUCACGGAUGCCGAUGGCAUUAUUGCGAAUCACGUGUUUGUGUCGUUCAACGACGAUAUUAAAGGCUUCAAUGGAGGCUACUUCAAAUACUGCCAUUAUGCAGACCAGGCCAAGGACGAGGUGUGGCCGUGGGCCAACAGUGCCAUCGAGGCGGACCGGCUGUGGCGACUUAGUGAGAACAUGGUUGGGCAGGAGUUCCCUUAUUAAGCGCAGUCACUUGAUGCGUCAUUUUGUGACACACACUAUCCACCCGCACCGUGCGUCAGCACGGCUGGCGCCAUACAUCGCGAACGAUUCGGAAUCUAGAAAAUAUAGUCUAUGGGUGUGAAGUCAGCAAGUAGAAGCUGACGCCUUCUAGUUGUUUUGCUGGACUGUGCGCUGGCAUGCAGUAGUCCAAUGAUAUAUCUAGGAGAUCGACCCUUUGCCUACACUGUAAGAAUAGCCCAAAGAAUACCACGCAGUUGAGAU